UCAGUUUAAUUCUUGUUGUCGGAUAGAUCGGUUCUAGUGGACUAAGAAAAGCGGGUCGAUACGUUGUCUAUCUAUCUGUCUGUCUGUCGUCUAUCUCGGUCGAUUGGUCGGUCUGUCUGUCUGUCUGUUUGCUGUCAGUCGCAAGUAAUUUGUCCGCAAAAGCAAAGAACACUACACAACAAAAGAAAAAAAAAACCAAACUCCUCCGAAGUUAGGCGUUAACACAAAAUUGGAUUUGUUGUAGUGUUGUUGUUUUUUUUUUUUACUUGUGCGAGCAAGCGUUAAACUUAAUAACUUGAGCUAACGGUAAACAAAAGAAAUUAAAUUUAAAUCUAAUCAGAAAAAAAAGAAUCGUUUAAUUUCCAACACAAAAGUCAACUAACAAGAAAUUCUUUAAUCAGAAAAACUAACCACAAAAAAUAAGUAAAUUGUGAUAUUAACAAUAACAACAACAACAACAUAAUUUCAAAUAAUACUUGUUGUAACCCAAAACUUGCCAAGCACAACCAAAAACAACAAACAAAACAUGAAUGAUUACUGGCACAUACCACGAGCCUCACUCUCACCAUCCUCCGCAUCAUCUGCUGUGUCAUCGGCAUCAUCAACCCAACGCAGCCAUAGAUCGGUGAACACAUCAAAGCUGACACCCACACACUAUCGGCAGCCACAACAACAACAACAAACCAUGCCACAAUAUUACGAUGAUCACCCAGCACAAAGACAUCAUCAGAAGAGUAAUCAAGCAGGCGGCGGUGGCAGUAGACGUAAUAGUGAAAUGAGUUCAUAUCAUCAUCAUCAUCACCAUUCUCCUUCUCAUGCACAUGCUGUUAGUGCUGCCGGCACUCACAUAAUUGGCAAUAAGAGAGGUUCGAGGUCCUCCCAGGGCAGUAGUGAUAGUAAUAAUAGUACAAGAAGUGCGGCAUCUGGUUCUUUGCUGUUGACAGCAGCAAACUUAGAACGCAUGACCGAAAUUCAACGCAAGCAAGAGAAACAACAACAUUCCCGUCACAACACACACACAAAUGCUGCUGCUGCUGCACCCAGCUCAGUUUAUAGUGCAAAUUUGUUACAUGCCACCAGCCGAGCUGGUGACCACCAGUAUCAUCAGUAUCAGUUGGCCACUGUUUCGGGCGAAUAUGUUGCGGAUGUGGAUCAACCGGAUAAUGUUGCCGCCGGCAAGGGGAUGGCGGGCGGAAAACACACUGCCAUCGACAUUGAUCCCAAUUUGAAUUUUAUCAAAACCAAAGAUUUGGACACUGUGUCCAUAGCAAGCUCAAUGCAUUUCACCAUGGUUAAUGGAGAGGCUGGUGCCAAUAAGAAGACCAAAAAGGGUCUGUGCGAUCGUGGACGCCAAGUGACGGUAUUAAUUAUUAGUAUGAGUACAAUAUUUCUCUUGCUAAUAAUGGGCAUGGUGUACGCGUUGGAAAUGCGGGCCCGUGAAAUGCCUCAAAGUUAACUACAUUUCCACAAAAUUGCUGUAUAAAAGAGUUUACCUCUCCCCCAAAUAGAACAUUUUCAAAAUAACUCCUCCUGUUCAAUGGCAGAGAAGAAGUACAAUUCUCAAGAGAGGCAGUGGAUUCUUAAGAGAGCAAAAAUCAAAAAAAAAAAACUCUUAAGAGAGAACAAUUUAUAGCUGUUUAUGCAGCUGAUAGUAAAACAAUUAUUAAUUUAUAUUUAUAUAAAAAAUUAAAAACAAAAAUUGUUAAUUGAAUAUUCGUCUAUUUUAGUAUUGUAAGUUAUUUAUUUUUCUUAAUUGUAAUGCAAUCAUUUUAUGUGUAAUUUUUAUCGAAAGAAAAAAAUCAAUGAAACUCUCACACAUUCAUAGCAUUCUAUGACAUUUCUCAAUUCGGAGAGUAAAGAAAGAGAAAACAAUGGUAUACAAGAGAUUACAAAAUGUCUCCCUCCUUUUAGCAAAAGACAAGGGAAACGUAAAAUGUUUCUUUUUGUAAGCAUUUUAUUAAAACAUUACACAAGCAAAGAAUUG